AUGACAAGAACUGUUGUUAAUAUCAAUACACCACCACCAUACUUGACUUUGUCUCGUCAAGAAAGACUUCCAACUGUUUUAACUAUUGCAGGCUCUGAUUCAAGUGGUGGUGCUGGUAUUGAAGCAGAUUUGAAAACUUUCACUGCACAUAGAUGUUAUGGUAUGUCAUGCAUUGUUGCAUUAACAGUUCAAACUCCAUCCAAAGUUUAUAAUAUCCAAAACACACCAAAGAAAAUCGUUAAGGAAAUAUUAGAUGCUAAUUUAAAAGAUAUGAGAUGCGAUGCUAUUAAAUGUGGGAUGUUAACUUCUGAUGCCAUCGAAGCCUUAAAUGAGAAAUUAAUAGAAUUAGGUUCUAAUAGACCUAAAUUAAUUGUUGAUCCUGUCUUAGUUGCUACUUCCGGAUCUUCUUUGGCUGGUGAUGAAUUGGUUGAUUUAAUUAAAACAAAAAUCACUCCAUUUGCUGAUUUAAUCACCCCAAAUAUUCCAGAAGCCUUGAGAUUAAUAAAUAAAGGUGAUUAUAAGAUCCAAUCCAUUGAGGAAUUGUUUGAUAUUGCCCAAGAAUUAUCGGUUGAAACUAAAUGUGACAACAUUUUAGUUAAAGGUGGUCAUUUAUCAUUAGAUCAAUUGAAGGAUAAUAAGAUCAUUGAUGUUUUAUAUUUGGCUAAAGAAAACAAGUUUUUCGUAUACAGUGGUAAUCAUGAACCAACUUGUAACACUCAUGGGACUGGCUGUACUUUAAGUUCAUCUAUUGCAUCUAAUUUGGCUAGAGGAUAUUCAUUACCUCAAUCAGUUUAUGGUGGUAUUGAGUAUGUUCAAAAUGCUAUUUCUAUUGGUUGUGAUGUUACUAAGAAACAUAUUACUGAUAAUGGCCCAAUCAACCAUGUUUAUUCCAUCGAAGUUCCAAUGGAAAAAAUGAUUAAAGAUGAUUGUUUUGCAGGCCAUUCGAUUGUUUCUGCCAAGAUGUCCACCAAGGAAUAUAAUGCUCAAGCGGAAAAGGAAAUUAAAAACAAUUUCUUCGAAUAUUUAAUUAAACAUCCAAUAGUUAAACCACAUUGGGAUUCUUAUAUCAAUCAUAAUUUUGUCAAACAAGUAGCUGAAGGAACCUUAGAACCAAGAAAGUUUCAAUUUUUUGUUGAACAAGAUUAUACAUAUUUAGUGGAUUAUGCAAGAGUACAUUGUAUCGCCGCUAGCAAAUCUCCUGAUUUGGCAGAUAUUGAAAAGGAAUUAGUUAUUGUGGGUGCCAUUAAACAUGAAGUUUCAGCUCAUCAAGAUAAAUUAAAGAGAUAUUUUGGUAUUAAAGACGAUUCGUACUUCAGCACAAUGAAAAGAGGUACUGCAUUGAAUAAUUAUUCUAGAUAUUUCAACGAUGUUGCCAAGAGAGGUAACUGGGAAGAAUUAGUAGCAGCAUUAACACCAUGUUUAAUGGGGUAUGGUUAUGCCUUGAUUACUUUCAAUGAUAGUAUCAAAUUGAAUGAAAAAUUCCCAUAUUAUUUAGAAUGGUGUGAUGUUUAUAGAAGUGAAAACUAUACAAACGCUAUGAAGGAAGGUGUUGCUCUAUUGAAUCAAAUUGCCCGUUCUUACCCAUUUGAUGAAAUUGAUACUUUAGUCAAGAUCUUUGCUGAUGUAUGUGAGUUGGAGACUAAGUUCUGGGAUGCUGCUGUUGAAUUUGAAGAAUAG